ACCGACUCAAUAUACACUUUUCAAAUCCAAAAUUUCUGCACUUCUGAGCCACCAUAGUUUAAAACGUAACCACGUUUAAUGAGUGUGUGUUUCUUCGUUUUGAAGUAUUAGAAAAAUGCCUGGUAUGAAUGUGGAUCCUUCAGAAAAUUGUUUUAUCAAAAUACAUCGGUUUUCAGACAAAAUAACGGACACGACGGUUCAUUUUCAAGUCAUUCAAAUGGCAAACAGCUUCCACAUGUGGUUCGGCAGCUCGCCGCGUCUCUCCAACAUGGCGGUUGCAAUGCAAACUAAAUAUGAUACUUCCAUGCCAAAUGGCUGUCAAUUGAUGACUGAAUCAGCAGAUUCUUUGAGCAUACCUUUAGCACAGAAACUUGCCAAGAAAACUGGAAAACAAGUGUUUGUUAGCAGUGAUUUAUCUUCUGAUCAUAAGAUGGUACCUCUUAUAGAACAGAGAAUAUUUGAAGAAAUGAAGCUAUAUCCUGAAAAGUUUUAAUUAAUUUCGCCUUAAUCAUGGGCCAUGUGACAACUAUCAUUAUUCAAGAAAUCAAAACCAACAUAACUUCUUUAGCUUGAAGUUGAAAUCUUAACAUAGCAAUCUUAAUUCAAUAGUUAAAUUGAUUUAUUCAAGCAGAGUAAAAGUUUUUAUCAUGCAUUAUUUAUUUCUGACACCUUUUAUGUAAUUUUUCUUGUUUUAUUUGUAAUUCCACCGACAUAAAAAAUAAGAAAACUCUGGAAAAACAACAGAACAAUGAAGGCUCAUAGUUGGAGUAAAGAACGAAACAUCUUUAACCCUUUUGUUACCGUAAUUAUUUUGAGAUGCUCUGUGUUUCUUUCAAUUAAUUUUAA